CUUGCGCCUACGCCGUCCCACACCUCUCGCACGCUCAUCGCGUUCAUGUUUGGAUUCUCGACGGCAUGUGCUGCGUUCACAGGUGCCAGAAUUGUCCAGCAGAUAUACCGAACAUGGAGCAAAUCCAGGAACAUCUUCGCUCAUCCCUACAUCGUGAUGAUCGCGGCAGAGUGGCUGUCUAGUGUGGUCAUUUCCAUCAUCACCUUUCUGUUUAUUGAUGGCGUGAUACCCCCAGGAUUUGGGAUAUUCUUUAGCAUAUUAUGUCUCUGGGUCGUACAGCAGAUACAAUGCAUCAUGCACAUCAUCAUCAACCGCAUCGCCCUGAUCAUGUACGACCAGAAGCGGGUGAGGAGGCUGAAGUGGGCAGCGACUUUGUUGAUUGGAGCCAUCAACGUCAGCGUCUUCAUCAUCUGGAUGCCUGCUCGCCUACAGAUCAGCCCGGGCUGGGAGAACCUCAACGAUGUCUGGGACCGCAUUGAGAAGGGCAUCUUCGCCAUCCUGGACCUGCUCCUCAACCUGUACUUCAUCUACCUUGUCAGGAAGGAGUUGAUCACCUGUGGGUUGACCAAGUUUCAACAUCUGUACCGCUUCAAUAUCGGCAUGAUUUUCAUCUCGAUAUCACUUGAUGUCGUCCUCAUCGGCAUCAUGUCCAUACCCAACCACCACAGCUACGUCCAGUUCCAUCCCCUUAUGUACCUCAUCAAGCUCCACAUCGAGAUGAACAUGGCUGAGCUCAUCUUAAAGAUCGUCAAUGCC